AUGUCUGAGAAAACAACUGCGGACAAACCUUCCUCCAAGAUCGGCCUCACAACCGGCGCAGAGUCUCCGACAACAGCGCGCGAGCUCGACUUUGACGACGAACCGCAAGAGACUGGCACCAGCGCCCUUCGCGAGACCGCCGCUUCACCUUCACCGAGACGAAGACCAAGAGUCAGCUUCCAGGACGAGGAGACACCCCCGCCGAAACCACCGCGACCCAUGAGUCCUCAGGCACAAGCAGAGGCGACCUUGAUCGAGGCUUUCCCAGCCGUUGAUCCCAAGGUUGUCAAGGCGGUGUUGCUGGCAAGCAACGGCAAGGUUGAGCCGGCGUUCAAUGCUCUGCUGAGCAUGUCAGAUCCAGACUUCCAGCAAGAAGAAGCUCCCCCACCACAGCCUCCACGACCGACACCAGCACAGCGACAGCUGGAGUCGGACGAGAUGUAUGCGCGGCAGCUUGCGGAACAUUAUCAGAAGACACAGGGACCUCCAGGUUAUGGCUCUCGCGAGAGGGGCAAUCCUCCACUCCCACGGCAGAAGAGAGAGACGGGACUGAAGCCUAAUGAGCUAUACGACAAGGAGCACAGCUUCUUUGACGAUGACCUACCAGUGAUCAAGGAAAAUCUGCGCAAAGGCUUCAUCGAGACACAAACAACAGUCAACAAAUGGAUCACCGACUUCCGCAAGAAAAUCGAAGGCGAGGACGAAGAAGACGAAGACCUCUACUCCAGCCGACCCAGCGCAUCGAACCGGCGUCAACACUUCGGACCCUCACAAUCACAGCAGCUUUACGGCAUCAGGAAGAGCGCCGAGGCAGCCCGACGGAGCGGCGACCGCGAACGCUACGACGCCGACCACCGCGUCCUGGGCGACGAUUUCACAGCACUGGAACUCAGGGACGACGAAUCAUCCUCGCACAACCACUCAAACCGUCCAUCAGCCAAUCCCAACCUCUUCAAACCCACCCCCGUCGCCCCGCAAUCCGGCCCCGUGGAUGAAGUCGACGCGCUCUACUACUCUUCGAACCCGUCGAACCCGUCGAACCCGUCGAACCGACAACCCUCGCCCAACGCAAACAAGGCCAAGAAGUGGCAGCCGCUUACCUCGGUGGCGCCGCACCCGGAGGGCGACGACAACGAUCCGUUUAGUCUUGGUGAUAGUGACGAUGAGGAUGCGAAGAGGGAUAUGAGGGCGGAGGAUACGGCGAGAUUGAAGAGUGCGGCGUCGGCGUCGGAGGUACCGCCGCCCAAGGGGGAUACGCUAAGGCCGGCGGAGAGGUCAGGGAGUAAGGACAAGGAGAUGGAGGAGUUGCUGGUGGGGAAGUCGUAG